UCUCCUCUCCUCAAAUAAGCCCAUGCCUCAAGGUUUCCUCACGAGGAAAGAAUGGCAGCCGCUUCUCUCUCCGUCCGACCCAACCCGCUCAUCCCCGGUUCGAACCUCCAUCCUCACAAGGUUCAUCCCUUCAUUUCCGUCAAGAUCGAUCCUUGCAGGUCGCUCGCUAUUUCGCCUCCCCGGCGUCGAUGCGCGGCGGCCAGAGCCAGUUCCCGGGCCGACGAUUCGGCGCCGUUCGAUAUGUCCCUGGAAACCGCCCUCAAGGUCCUCGGAGUCUCCGAAGGCGCCUCCUUCGACGAUAUUCUUCGCGCCAAGAACUCGAUCCUUGCUUCCUGUAAGGAUGACCUCAACGCAAUCGCUCAGGCUGAAGCUGCUUAUGAUUUGCUGCUGAUGCAAAGUUUUAACCAACGACGAUCCGGCAAAGUGGUGAAUAACAGCAUUCGUUAUGCUGAUGUUAAACCCAGUAAUGUUUUGGGAAGAGGGUCAGUGUCUCAGUGGAUGCAGGCUUCGAUGAAGAAUCCCCCUGUAUCAUUCGAGACGCCAUCCAUGAGCGAUCUGGGUUUGCAAGCUGGAGUCUAUGGAGCGUUGAUGGUUUUAACAUACGUGAAUGGGAGUUCAACUGAGUCUUCCAGUAUGCCUUAUGCUGGUGCCGAUGUACCUGGACUGAUCUUGGCUAGUAGCUUCGGAGCUUCCCUGUACUUCAUGACGAGAAGGAACGUUAAGCUAGGCAAAGCGGCUGCUAUAACCGUAGGAGGACUAGUGGCCGGGGCAGCUGUAGGAUCAGCAGUUGAGAGUUGGUUGCAAGUUGACGUGGUCCCAUUUCUCGGGCUGCACUCCCCAGCUGCCGUUGUGGGUGAAUUCAUAAUCGUCUCACAGUUGUUGGUGUCUCUAUUCAUAGGGUAAAACAGAACAGCGACAUCUAACGCAUAUAUGUAUUGUUAGUUGUUGUUCGUUUCACGUUGCAUUGGCCCAAUGCAUUGUGUACAGAAGAGAAACAAGAACAUUAAAAGUCAUGCAUGAUUCUGUAUUUAUCACCCCGAGAGCUGGUGUUUUAGAUUAA